AUGACUCGACGCUCAGCUAAGAAGAACAGCCGUCUUGAGCAUAGUCAAUUCUUGGGACCCCGCGAGAGCCUUAGAGUCAUGAUCGAUAUCUCUGAUUCCGAUGAUGAGCCUGCUCCACCUCUUCAACAAUCUCAAGCUCCACCAAACUACAACAAGCCAAGAAAGCAAAAGUCGAAGACAAAGAAGUCUAAGCAGGUGAAGCAGUCUAAAACUGCAAAGACAGCAAUAGUAGAAACCCCAGAGGACUCCGAGGAUGAGCUUGGAAAUGCCCAGCAACUUGUCCCAAAGCAUCGCCAGAAGCAACCGCCUAAUGCUAGUAGAGAGAAAGAGGUUCUCAGAGGACUCGAGAAAGCUGCCAAAAUACUCACUUCGCUUGGUGCCCAAGCAGACGUGAAGGGCAUCCUUCAACAUGUAGCAUCGCGCAACGAUAAUAGUUCGAUUCAACUUCAAGAUCAUUGUGCAACAAUUUCAGCUUUGCUCUCUCCAUCAAGCUCGACUUCUACCCUCGCAUAUAGUAGGGAGCUACCCGAUACUAUCCAAUUCUAUAACCAAUACUUCGCUCAUCUGGGACCUGGUAGACGACUUUACGUCCUUCGCCCAGUUGAAGUCUUGCAAGGAAACACUAACCUCACUCGGCGCAAGGUUACUGGAUUCAUUCAGCAUAAAGGCUCUAACUUCCCUCUCAAGUAUGCUUUGCCAGGAUGGACACAAUGUGUAGACAAUCAUCCAAAUGUUCUCGAUUCAGACUUUUGGACCAAGGAGGUUCAACGUUGGGGUAGUUUCCAUAAUCACCACUUUCCAAAUCACCCAUUCGACGAAUAUCACGGGAAGGACAAGGGCCACGCAUGUGCGUCACACGUUGAACCUAGAUUGAUGCUAUGGUAUGCGUGUGACAGACUAUGCGUUUUACGUGGAAUCGAUAAGCCUGUUCGAGUUCUUCUUGGUGAACUCUUUCGACUUCGGGAUUAUGAUGAGAAGAUUGAGGCCGAGAUAUUCCUCACCCGAGCCCCAUGUAAGAAGUGCUUAGAGAUCAAGAAACUCAUUGAGGACUAUACUAGAAUCAUCUUCCACAUUCGUGUUAUCCCGACACUCGGCGAGCUUCAACUGGAACGAAGCAAGCAUGGAUGGGUCACAUUCUCUCGCUAUGCCCAAGUCAAUGACGACGACAGAUCCGAACCUGAUAUGGAAGAUGCAGAGUUCGAGGAGGAUGGAGAGGAGGAGGUGGAGGUUUUAGAGAGACAAAAGACCGUUGAAAAGACUAAAAGCACAUUUGCGGUUGUUAUUCGAGGAAAUCCAAACACGCCCGAGAAACAAGCGAAGUCCAAACAACAACAAUUAACUCCUCCAUCCACCGGAUCCUCUACGGUCACUAAAACAUCGACUUUGACACAAAAACGUCGUAUACACAGCUUCUCUUAUCAGCCAGCUAAUGCUCUACUCGUGGGUAGUCGUAGCCAGGACUCGGACUCUGACAUUUCUGAUUACCAACCGCCAAGCAGCAGUCAAAGAAAGACUGAGUCGAUUAACGCUAAGACCCCCAAUCAAGAUCGAUAUUCCUCUGGCAGCACAUCACACAAUAGCAGUCCCUUUGGAGCAGAAGCAUCUCGUCAGGCUAAGUUACUAAAGAAAGAACGAGAGAGAAAACGACGAGCACAAGGAGAAGUGUCCCCGAGUCUCGGCAAAAAGGCUCGCUACUCUAAGUUUUAG